UUAUCUGUCAAACUAUUGAAAAUGAUAGAGAAUGGGCCCGUUUACGAUAUAUUUGUUUUUCGAAAAGAAAAUAUCGGUAAAAUGUGAGAAAAUCAAAUAGAAGAAUACCGUAACUGGAUAAACAACCAAUGACACAUUUGUAAAUGUACAACUAUUUUCCGUAGAAACAUUUCGAUAACAAAAUAUCAAUAAAAUAUUCUUUACCUAUGAUUGAAGGAAUGUAAUGUCGUUAUUUGGUAUGUAAUUUUCGGAUAUAAACAGAAAUUACAGAAUAUCUUGAUGGCAAAAUGAUUUGUUAUCAUAUUCAGUGAUAACUAAACGUUAUCUGCUAGAUUAAUACUGAGCACAAACUAUCAAAAUGGAAUCUGAACCCCCUGACGAAAAGCUCAACGUGAAAAAAGAGAGGAAGUUUCCUAAUUUGGACUUAGGCCCACAGCUUAAUUCUUCAAACCAACCAAUUUUAGUAGUACAAUCCCCAAAAACACCAACCCUGUCAAGGAAGUUAAAAGCUGUAAGUUUAGAUUCUGAACCUCAAAAAGAAAAUACUACAAGCUUAGAAUUGUCAAGAGAUGUGUUUUCAAUGCCUAAUACACCCAAGAAACAGAUCAAACCAAAAUUGCUGUCAGAAUUCAAUGACGAACCAAAUAAAUUGACGCCAUGUUUUCCAUCAAACUUGAAGAAAUUUGCAUCCAACACUAGCAUAUCUGGAUCCCAAACAUUGAAAACUCUUCCAGAAAUCAUGACACUUCAAGAUUUCUCAGAUAAUCAUAAUUCAAAGCCUGAACCUGUGAGAUUCAAACCAAAAGGUCUCUUGGAACGAAGAGGAUCCAAUGCAAGUCUCACCAUUGAUUUGGGUUCGAAUUCUAGUAUUUCAGAACCAAAAAUACAACCCUCGAUGAGAUUGAACACUGCUAGAAGUGUUUCAAAUUUGAAUCUUACCAGUUUUGGUACUUGUGAGAAAUGUCCUUGUUUGAAGAAGUUUGAAAAUGGGAAGAAGACGGGAGAAAGAAGAAAAUCUCAAGAGGCAUGUGGAAAUUGCAUUAUUUAUGAGUCAGUGCCAAGUAAAGUUGAUAUUUGUAAAAACAAGUGUCAGAUGCCAGUUAAACGAUGUAUAUGCACAGCUUCAAAAUGUCGCAGAAAGUCUCUGUCUAAUGAGAAUCUUUAUGUGCCGCCUUGUGGUUUCUGCCAGAACGGGUCUUUCAAAGAAUGUGUAGGAACUUCUAAGAACUGUAAGGGAUACCGGAAGGCCUACUACCCUCGACAACCUGAUAUCGAGGAUAAUCAGCUACUUUCCGAGGAUUUCAAGAACCAUUUGCAGAAUAUGCAAUACCUACAAACUGCAGGAAGUGUUCUUUCCGUACAAGAUCUAAAGACAGCUUGUGAAGAAAGCAGAGUUCCGAAAUUGCAUCAGGAGUUCUGGGAGGUACCAUUGAACCUCCAAGAGAAAUGCUAUGUGUCUGGUAGUCAGAAUAAGAACAGAUACAAGGGUGUCUUGCCAAACGAACAUAGUAGAGUUCACUUGCCAGGAGUACAAACUUAUAUACAUGCCAACUAUAUUAAGGGACCUGAUUAUACUGAGACAGCUUAUAUUGCCACACAAGGGCCUAUGGCCCACACUUGCCAAGACUUUUGGAGUAUGGUUUGGCACACCAAUUGCCAAGUUAUUGUAAUGCUCACUGGACUUGUUGAAAAGGGAAAAAACAAAUGUGAGCUUUAUUUUCCAAUCGGUAGACGAACUGGUUUUCCUGAUGCCAACAAGUUCUUUGUAAAAACCUCCAAAGUCAGAGAAAAAUUCACGUUUGAUAGUAGGUGUAAUUAUCAAGAAUUUGAAGAGGACCUUGUAGAGUUUGAGGCACUCGAUGAGGUCACGUUUGGUAAUUUCAAAAUAAAGUAUUUGUCAGAAGAAAACCUCCUGCAGGAUUGUCCAAUGCGGUAUCUAGAAGUUACAAGGUUAGUUGAGAGUGAGGAGAUUUUGGAAGAAAAGAGAAUCAUAAAGCACUAUUGGUUUACCAACUGGCAAGACCAUAAGAUGGCAGAUCCCAUGUUGGUUCUCAAUGUAGCUCUUAAUGUUUUAGAGAAUUUAUCAAGCGAUAAAUCAGUCAAAUCAGAAUCAGAAACACACCAAGACCAUUUAUCAAGUUGUUAUAAGAAAGACUCAUGUAAUAACUGUGAAGGUAUAUUAGAAAAUAAAAAACCUUUAGAAGUAUUUAAGUCCGCAGACAAUACCCAAAUUCCUGACGAUUCAGAGAAUUCAGGGGACAAAAAGGAAAUCCUGAAAAGUUUCUUUUGGACAUCGCUUGAAAACUCCAGAAACCCAUUUUCCUACUCUUUUCCUAACACUGAAAAACCAAAAUCUCUAGAAAACUCUUCUGGAUCAGACACAAAUGACAAUCCGUUUGACAUCAGGCUCCGGAGAACUCCAAGGAUGGUUAAAAAUCAAAGGUUUAGUCUUGUAAAAUCAUCAGAGUAUGCAAGCAAAACUAUAAGUAAGAGGAAGGAGGCAAUCGGGGAACAAAAAAAAGACAGCCCUAAAACACAAGAAGUACAGAAAUCAUCCAAUAAAGUUGCAAACGGCGUAUUUUCCGCAAAUUUAAGUGAAGUUCCCAAAGGGGUGUUUUGUCAGAGGAGGCAUUCAUCAGAGGGGGUCAAGGUGCCACUGGUGGUUCAUUGUAGCGCAGGCAUCGGUAGAACAGGUUGUUUCCUCGCCAUUCUCAAUGGCAUACAACAAUUAAAGAAUGGUCUAAAUGUAGAUGUACUAGCCAUCUUGUGUUCCUUGAGAUUAAACAGAGGCGGUAUGGUACAGACAGCCGAGCAAUAUGAGCUGAUUCACAGGGUUUUGAAUUUGUUUGCGGAAGUCAUGUAAAAUUUCUCGAGUUGCGUGGUUUUCAUGAAAUAUUUUUUCUUAAUGCAAGACACAUAUCCUGGAUACUUCAUGUUAGCCGAUAUAUCAUGUUAUUUCUUGGUUUAUCUCCUAUGGUACGACGUUGGAAUGUUAAAAUUGACGCUCUCAAUGUUAAGGCUGGAUUUUAUAUGAAAUAUCCCUCCGAAAUACUCAGGUUUGUUUGGUUUUAUUGGGGAGAAAGUUGUAGGGGUUGGGUCUUCUGGAGUACCAGCCACAAUUAAGGCAAUAUUCAUUUUGAGGUACUAUUCUGAAUCACUUGACUAUUAUAGGAAAUUUGGUAGAAUAUCCUGACAUGUUAGCAUAAAACGCUCUGUAUAUUUGUGUGUUAGUUGUACAGGGUAUGUAGGGUACUCAUUAUUGUAGAAUCCUACACCCCUGUAUAUUUGUCUAUUCAAGGUAACAAAAACUGAUAAUCAUAGAAAAUAAAUAUAUGUGAUAAUAUUUUAGAUCUUAAGAAAGGAUAAUUCUCUACUAUACAAUAUUUUUAUUAUAUUUUUGUUGAGUAAUUUUUUAAUGAUUAAAUAUAUGUACCAAGAUAUUUCUUAACGAUUUUUCUAUUUUGGUUUAUAUUUGCUACUUCGAAUGUUUUAGUAGAAUAAAAAAGUAUUGAUUUCUUUGAUACAUAGGUGUUCAAUAGUUAAAGUUUAAAAUAACUGUUUAGAUGAUGUAACCUGACGUUUACUUUACAAAACUGUUAUUAUUGAGUAUUUAAUUGUUAUAAUUCGAGAUGAUUUUUUGAAACCUGUUAUAUAUGAAAAGUUUGUAAGGUAUUCCUUUUUUUCAUUUCUUUCUAGUUCCUUCUAUCAUGGAAAAAUUAUGUACUAUUUCUAGGAGUUCAAUAUACAACAGGAUGCAUGAGAUCUUGUUGUAUAUUGAUUUUUAGGACAUAUUUCCAUGAUUUUUUACACAAAUUGUGAUUCUCUAAAAUGGUCAUUGUUUCUAAAAUAUGAAAAUAUAUUGCCAGUUUCUUGAAAGAAGAUGGAUUUAAAAAAAAAAAAUUUACUUUAAAAACAAUGAUCGAUGUUCAAAAAAGAGUGAUUUUGUACUAUUGAUAAUGAAGCUAAAUUAAUAAAUGUAUUAGGUAUACUUGAACUUAUAGAAAAAUUUGAUGUUCCCUGAAAUGAAUAAAUUGUUUAAUCACUA